AUGGCCAACCUGCAGGGUCCACUCCUGGCAGCUCUAAUCCUGCUUUCAGUAGUGUUUCCAGCAACCAAUGCAGGUCCAUAUGGCAUCAACGUGGAGGACAGCGUCUGCUGCCGGGACUACAUCCGCCACACUCUGCCCCUGACUGUGGUGAAACGUAUCUACUGGACCUCGGACUCCUGCCGUAGGCCUGGCAUUGUCUUGCAAACCUUCAAGGACCUGGAGAUCUGUGCCAACCCCAGAAUGCCUUGGGUGAAGAGAAUGCUCCGGAAGCUGGGCUAA